GUUUCUCCACCUCUAAUUGAUACAACUCUACAAUCAAUGGAGUCCAAUUUAUUUUUAGUUUUUCUGUUGUCAUUUUUUUCUGUAUAAAAAUGCAAAAGCUGAAAUCAGUGGACUGUUACAUGAUGAUCAACAGGAAGUAGACAUGGAAUUGCCACCAAAUAUAAAUGGAAAAGCGAUGCCAGCAAUACCGCAAAACUCUGUGCUAACACAUCCCAGAUUAAAGUGUUAUGCCUGUGAGCCGCCUUGUCUCGAUCGCAAUGAACACGCCCACACAUGCCAGAAUGCCAUACAGUGUUGGAAAUCACGCACACGUGACGCCGUUGGCAAGGAGCAAGUGUCACGAGGUUGCACCACGUCGCCGGAUCAAGUGCAGUUGAUUUGCAAUCAAAAUGCGCUCAACACUGAGAAAUUCAUCAAUGUCGCCUGCUGUGCCAGCGAUUAUUGCAACGGUGGCGAUUUUCCCAAACUGCCGCCGUUCGUCAGCGAAAGUGGCGACGUGACCGUGAUUACCGCUGAUAGCAGCAACAUUAGCAAAAUGACAGCAGCGAUUUUGGGGCCAUUUUUGGUGAUAACGCUUGUCGGCUUUGUAGCCGUCUUUUUUAUGCGUCGCAGCCAUCGCAAGCGGCUGGCGGCAACUCGCACCAAACAAGAUCCCGAAUCCUAUGUGGUCAACGAUGGCCUAUUGCGUGCCACUAGCGCAGGAGAUAGCACACUCCGCGAAUAUUUGCAGCAUUCAGUUACUUCGGGUUCGGGCAGCGGUUUGCCGCUUUUGGUACAACGCACAUUGGCCAAACAGGUGACGCUUAUCGAGUGCAUUGGGCGCGGCAAAUACGGCGAGGUGUGGCGUGGUCACUGGCAUGGCGAGAGCAUUGCCGUCAAGAUAUUCUUCAGUCGCGAUGAAGAGUCGUGGAAACGUGAAACCGAGAUAUACAGUACUGUUCUGCUGCGGCAUGAGAAUAUUCUUGGCUUUAUUGGCUCCGACAUGACGUCGCGCAACUCUUGCACACAGCUUUGGCUUAUGACACACUACUAUCCCCUCGGCUCGUUGUUUGAUCACUUAAAUCGUAAUGCUCUCAGUCACAAUGACAUGAUCUGGAUUUGUUUGUCGAUUGCUAAUGGCUUGGUACAUCUGCACACGGAAAUCUUUGGCACCGAGGGCAAGCCUGCAAUGGCGCAUCGCGACUUGAAGUCGAAGAACAUAUUGGUUACAUCAAAUGGUACUUGUGUUAUUGCUGAUUUUGGUUUGGCCGUUACACACUCGCAUGUUACUGGACGCCUCGACAUGGGCAACAAUCCGAAAGUGGGCACCAAACGCUACAUGGCACCGGAAGUCUUGGAUGAGAGUAUUGAUCUGGAUUGUUUUGAGGCCUUGCGCCGCACGGAUAUCUAUGCAUUUGGACUGGUGCUAUGGGAGGUGUGUCGUCGCACCAUUUCUUGUGGCAUUGCUGAGGAAUACAAGGUGCCAUUUUACGAUGUGGUGCCCAUGGAUCCCAGCUUUGAGGAUAUGCGCAAAGUUGUCUGCAUUGACAACUAUCGUCCAUCGAUACCCAAUCGCUGGAGCUCAGACUCGCUACUCGCUGGCAUGUCCAAGCUGAUGAAGGAGUGCUGGCAUCAAAACCCCAAUGUGCGUCUGCCGGCGUUGCGUAUUAAAAAGACUAUACAUAAAUUAGCUUCCGCUGAUGAGAAAAUACGUUUAGACUUCGAUGAGGUAUGCGUUUAGUAGCUUUUAGUUGUAGUUUACAGCCUAAGUUAAUAUUAAUUAGAUUUAAGUGACAUUAGUUGAGGUUCAUUUUGUUAGCAUUUAAGUUUCCAUCAAUUCAACUUAUUAUUAAUUCUUUGUUCUUUUCAUUAGUCUGUAAUUUCAUUACAUACACACACCACACACAACCAGAGACAGAGAAGUGAAUUUAGUUUUGUGCCUUUGAAAUUGCCUUAAACGUAAUUCGAACUUGACUAUUGAAGUAUCAACUUUCACAUAUUUCAUUAUCAUUUAUUAUUUUUGAAGUGCCAUUACAAUUACGAAUUGUAAAACAUUAUUACACACUAAAUUUAAGCUCACUUUUUACACAAAACACCCCAAAACAAUUCGGAUCUAUCAUUAUCAUCCACAGAGCUAUUGAGCUGCUAUAUAAAAAACAUACAAUUCAUAUAGAUUUCCUUUUCCUUAUCAAGCUAUGAUAGUUAUAGAGAAUGUAAGCAAUUUGGCGACUCACAUUUAUUUAAGAGCAUAUUGUAUGUACAUGAAUAGUUCCCAACUUUAUAUAUAUAUAAAUAUAUAUAUAUAUAUGCAUAUAUAUUGAUAUGCCUAGAAAUAUACAAUACUUACCCGAGUAUUCUUUGUAUAUUGUACAAAUGCGCGAUAAUUAAGUUGUAAAUGACUAAGAU